UUCACUCUGACGGCCAUCAAAGCUCAACAUUGACUUCCUGUAUGGAAACAAUUCAUCUGUGCAUAUAGUGUGUGUGUGUGUGUUGUGGGGGGUCCCACCAGGUUAAGCAGACAUCAGCAACACAGUCAUACACAAAGACGUGAGUUGAUGACUAUUAUCCUGGCACAAAUAUAAUUCGAAAUACAUAAAAACAAAUAUGCCUUGUUUCAUGUUGCCUUGAAAUUGAAUUUAAUUGAAAACUAAAUUGAAGCCCUAGUUUUGGGUUCAGGAAGAAGAAAGGGACCGAACUGCACAGAAAGUCACUGCCGCUUAACAUUUUAGCGAUGAAUGAUGUUUCUACAUAUUGGAGCAUCAACAGAACGUUGUUCCGGAUAUGUUGCAUUUUCUGGAUUGUCUCUCCUGCAGAGGGACACGUCAUCACAAAAGUGGAGGGCAGCCAUGUGACCCUAGCCUGCAACACGUCAAACAUCACGGUCCAACAGCUCACGUGGAAAUUAAACGGUGUAAUCCUGAUCAGCAUCAAGACAGAGGACCCGGACCUGUACACCAGUAAACAAGCAGAGAACCUGAAGAUAAACAUGUCUCUUUCUGGGACACAACUGUACGCACUGGUGAUAGACAGCGUCCACAGGGCUCAUGCAGGGAACUACAGCUGUGACAUCACCGCGCUCGAGGGAGUGUGGAUACACAAAUUGGAGCUGAUAAUUACAGAGAAAAAAGAAGAUGGAAAGUGGAAGUCAGCAACUGCCGUGCAGAAGAUAACAGUGAGCCGGCUCCAGUAAUGGUAAAUAAAGACUUAUCAUGUCGUGAUCCUUACAUAAUCUGAAGACUUAGUUUAUUCUCUCACCUUGUAUGUGGUUGUUUACCUGCAGAGCCUGUACGUUUUUGCUCUGUCAUUGUUUUUGUUUUUUUUCGUUAGCAGGAACAAACAGGGGAUGUUUACGAGAAUUGCUUGGAAAUUAACGUUGGUGGUCAUCGCAGCUGUCAGCCUGCCCAUUUCAAGCCCAGAGCUCACCAGCGAUAAAAGUGCAGUCCGCUAUGUGAAGAGAGAAGGAGACCGCAAUAACAGGAAGUAACCAUGAAGUGUCAGACCUCACAUUCAAAAAGAAAACGUGUCUUUCUUAAUUUGUGUAGAAUUUUAAACUGCUUUCUCAGGACAUGAACUUUAUUUAUUGAAAAAUUAUACUUUUAUCUGAAAACUGCAUUGAAUGUUUUUUUUCUUUUAUUUCUUUUUAUCUCCUUCAUCAGAUAAAUGUGUGGAGUUGUCAGAUCUCACAAUCAUUGGAUCUAUUUUCUUACAAUACAAAUAUUGUCUCGCUUAAAUUUAAACACAACAGUACACAUGACAGAAACAUGUUAACAGAUACUGCACAGCACAGAGCAGCUGUAACAGGCCUUGUGUAAUCUGUCAUAGAUACAACAUUCAGUGACGCACGUGGCAGCAGUGUGGGUGGCACAGGAACCUAAUCUAUCUAUAGACUUUCCGUUGGGUUUAUGUGCAAUGAUAAAAUAGAAUAUGAAAUGUAAUUGAUUUGAUUUUGAUAUGUUCAGGGUCAUUAAUAACUGGAAACAAAU